AUGAUGGAGAAUGGCGUGGGGGACCCCUUUUGCGCUGCCCGAGACGAAGUUCAGGCCAACUUCUCGGAGCUGCAGCGGCUGCACAGGGAGUGGAAGCAGCAGCUGCAAACUCGAGGCCACCCCUCCAAGUGCAGCAGUUUGAAGAGCACGAUUGACUCGUCUUCGGAGGCGCUGGCAGCAGACCUGCGGGCGCUGGAAAAGGCCGUGGCCAUUGCAGCAAAACACCAGCAGCGUUUGGGGCUGCAUGCAGAAGAGCUGGAGAGUCGGCGGCAGUUUGUGCGGCAGCAGCAGCAGCAGCUGGAGGCGCUCCGGGCGGACGUGAAGGCCGCAAGCAAUUCGCAGCUGUGGGUGGCUGAGGGCCCCACAGCCCGGGGAGAUUUCUUUGAAGAGGUCGAGCAGAAGCAGCAGACUUUGGUGCAGCAGCAAGACGAGCAGCUAGAUGAGUUGGCUCUUGCUGCUUCCCGCCUCCACGAAACUGCGCUGACAAUUAACCAAGAGCUCGAGACGCAGCAGCGGAUGCUGACGGAUUUGGACGACGCCGUAGAAAGACAGGGUAAAUGGUGCUGCUGCUGCUGCUGCUGCUGCUGCUGCUGCUGUGGUUCCUAG